AGAAGAGAAACGGUUGGUUCCUAAGCGUGUGCUCUUCACGCGUUCUUCUCGGCGAGCAACCUUGUUUGACGUAGUGCCAAUCGUCGCUGUCGUCGUCAUCGUCGUCUUCGUCGUCGUCGUCGUCGUUGUCGUCGUCAUCGCCGUCACCGCCGUUACUGGCCUGCGCUGACCGCUACAGCUGCUGUUUUGCAAUCUGGCGCGCUGCUCACACUGCCAGUGUUCUGCUCGGCGCGCUCGGUGCAGUCGAUCGAAUCGCGUUGCGGCUUGAUACGCGCAGACCGAGGAGGCACACGUGAAGACUGUGUGUACCGAUGUGCCGAUAGACCGUCUACGAGACGUUGAUGACUCUUUGUUUCAACUGUCCGUAAAACCGUUGAUUACCGCUUUGAGAGGAAAACAGGUUUUGAAUAAACAGUUCGCGCUGCUUGAAUAAUGAAACUACUUGCGGGCGUUGAAGAGGUUACCGACCACUGUGAAAAAGAAUCCAAUAAUGGCCAACUACACAACAAUAAUAGUCAUGAAAAGCAAUCCGCGACAGAAUUGGCACAAGACGCGAGCGAGCCGCUCGUCAACAAGUCCUGCGACGAUUCGACGACUAAGAGAAAAAUCACACCGAAAAAUGAAGAGAAGAUGAGACGAUUGCUUCGGUUCGAAGACGCGCCCGAAUUUCUGCAGUAUAAUCCGUACAUACUGAACGGUUAUCGAGGCUGCUUGACGACCAAAUUGUGUUUGGAAAGUAUAUUCUGGUGGACAAACGAAACCGUGAACAUAUGGAGUCACAUCUUCGGCUGGAUGCUAUUUUUUGGUCUGACUCUGUACGAUCUUUGUCUGCUGAAUAUUCACGCGCCAUUUAGCGACAAAGUGAUUGUUUCCCUGUUGCUUCUCUGCUUUCAGGUGUGUAUGAUUCUCUCGUCCGUGUAUCACACGUUUUCAUGUCGAAGCGAAAAGGAUUACUGGUGCUUCUUGUCCUUCGACUUGUUCGGUAUCGCUCUAAGUAUGCUGUCGAUUUACAUGUCGGGUGUCUACUACGCUUUUUGGUGUCACAAGGAGCUGCAGCAGUUCUACCUGAUAACUGUGCUCGCAAUUUUUAUUUUCGCGAUGGUGCUGCAGAUACCCAGUCUGAACGUCAACGAUAACAUUAAGCUAGUUGUGUUCGUGAGCUGGGCGAUCUAUGGAGUGCUGCCGACGCUUCACUGGACCGUCGCGAUGGGCGGCUUCGAUAAUCCAAUCGUUCGAAUGCUCAUUCCAAGAGUGAUAGGAAUGUACAUUAUCAAUGCGAUAGCGUUCGCGUUCUAUAUGCUCAAGAUACCCGAACGUUUUUGUCCAGGCUGGGUAGACUACAUCGGUUCGUCGCAUCAAUGGUGGCACGCGUUGGUUGUGUUGGCUCUUUACUACUGGCACAACACCGGAAUGCUUUAUGUAGAAUAUAGAAUGAAUCAUGGAUGUCCGAGCCGUCUAACGUUAUGACAUACGGAUUUUGACGACCAACCAGCAUCUGUUCUCGCCAUGGACUGCUCUUGCAUGAUGAAGGUGGGUGCUUGGUCGUCUCAGGUUUUAGAAUUACCGUUUUAUGGCAUCUUCAAGAAUUCAUCUUGCGAAAUACGAAAUCCACUGCGAGUGUACGCACAUCGAUAGUCUUUAAUAUAUUUCGUUUCCAGAAAAUACAUCUUGCGAUUUCGAAGAUGAAAAAACUUAUUGUGGAUAUAUUUAUUUAGUAUCUUUAUUUAUAUUUACUUAAAAAAAAAAACAACAAUUUUAUUUAUAUAAUGUGAUUUCUUUCUUCCUUGAUAUUGUUAAUCCUAUAACAGAAUUAAGAAUACAUUAUAUAUAUAUAUUUUCUUUA